AGGUCGCGAUGCUUGAAGUUUCCAUAGUUUGGUUGGUGAUGAGAGGGAAAGCUGAAGGGCAGUUGCAGAUCAUGAAGAGGCCCGAGCGUAGCGUGCCUUCUUCCUCCCUCGUCGUUCACAGCCAACUUUCUGACUCCUUCAAACCUUCCUUCUCUCACGUCAGGAACGCGAGAUAAGUCUCUGAAAAUGCGAUCACAUUUCAAUUGGUAAUUGUUACACGUGUUUUCCGUCUUUGUUUGUCUUCAAUUGAUGUUUCGCGAGCGAGUUACUUCUUACGAGUUUGCCUUCUUUGAUGCUCGAUUCACGCGUUGAACACGGCACUUUCGGAUCUAUUUCUGCCACAUUCUCCAUGUGAUUCCAAGAUGGCGGUCAAAAUUGGAGCAAUGAGAUCAGUUGAAGAGAAUGGAUAUCUAUCUGACGAAUCGGAUUUCUAUGGUGACGAGGUGGCCAAGCAUGAACUCGAGGAGAAAGCAAGCACAUUCGAUGUUGCAGAGUGGUGGAAGUGCAAGAUCCCGACUCUCAUGGAGAUUGCCGAAAAGAAUAUGAAGACAGAUAUUGUCAAGGAGUCUGUCAAGCUUUACAAUCCAUAUGAAGGUCGAGGCGAGGCUCGACAACUCUCCGAAACUGUAGACGAUUUUCUUGCAAGACUUCCACCAGCCACUACUCCAUUCUCUAGUACUAUACCCUGGAUAUUUAUCGCCAAUCCUUACCGCAAAGCACCUCAACGCAAAGACCAUGAUGACUAUAGUCGUACGGGAGAAGGACCACCUGAUGAGAGAAGUGAAUGGGGUGCAUUCACCGUCACUGGCAAUAGGCUUCUUCAGGAAUUGACUCAAAUACGACACACACUUGAGAAAAAGAAGCCCGGUAAGACUAAAGCAGCUAUCACGAGAGAAGUCAAUGCGGACAAAGACCGAAUUGUUAAGGAGAUACUGGACACAGCUAAAAAUCUGCACUGUACUACUGGCAAAUGGAUGCUUUUCUGCGAUGAGGCAGAAGUCAAUGCUGUCUGGUCUGUCGUGGCUCGAGCAACUGCAGAUAAUGACCUGGGUAUUGCAGCAAAAGUCGCGCCUGACGAUGGUCAAAAUAGAAAACCUCGGUUGAUGUGCAUUUACACAAAAGAUUUCACGGAUAUGAAGGAUGUUUCGAGAGUGCUCCACAAGAUGAAGGAUCUAGGACUUGUCAACAAUCGGGAGAAGCCCAUCUAUUACAAGUGUGAUGCGUACACUUAUCUCGAAUUGACCUCGGCCAACCCAUACAAUAUCAAAGCAUCACUUUACAGCUCGAAAGAUAUAUUGCAAGCGAAAACCGAAAAGCAACUAGACAGUUUUUUCUACAAGAAGAAAAAGAAAGAUGAAGGAGACUGGCGUCCAUUGGAGUGGGAAUAAUUGUUUCAAGAUACCCAUUUGCUCACGAUAUUCGUUUGCUGUCCAGAACUUCAGCGCAUUUCUAGCUCUAAUGAACUAG